GUGCAGCGUAGAACUACUAGGGUGUUGUUCGGCAUGUAAACAACUUGUUCGGCUGAUUGAAACUGAAAGAUACUGAUCAUCAUGUCAAGGGCAGCAGGAACUCUAGUUACCACGAACAAUGCCACCUAUAUCCCACCACGGUUUAUGCCGGGAUAUCAAGGCCAUUGCCCAACAACAAAGUAUGAUUACGGUGAAACUUAUGGAAACGCAACACAAAAAUAUUUCCAGGACUACCGUUCCAAAACCUUGUCAUGUUCAGCCGAUCCACUAUGUAAAGGUGGCGAAUUCCCAACAUACUAUACCCACAAACCAGAGACUGUCAUCAGUGCCAGAAGUCGAACUCGUGACAGAUGGCUAAAUGCUCCAAAAUAUUCACUGUCAAAUAUAGAUCAUGACAGGAAAGAAGAGCUCUACCAAUUUGAUAAACUUGGGCAGAAACACAGAGAACACUACACAGAUAGGAGUGGUACAAAUAAGCGUGUUAAUUACUUUAUGCUACCUGUUGGUGCAGAAGAACAGCUAAGGCGCAAUAUGCCCUUCAUGAUUUUGUCCACAAGACACAAUGAUGAAAUCAACUUACCAUUCCUAAUGCACGAUGCUCGCCGUCUUCCUCUGUUGAGACGAGUAGCCCCAGACUCCUCCCAGCGAGAUCGGGAAAUGCGGGAUGUCUACUUUGAGAAGAGAUAAACAUUUCAACUUUUAACACCAAGAGGAAAUUUCUAACUCACUGUGAUAUCACUCGGCUUUGAGAAACUGUCAGUUUGUUUGAACAUUUUAUCGUACAUUUUGUAAAUGUCUACCGCAAUCAUGUAAACAAAAUCAAGUCUUCUAUAUGUUUAAAAUUUCUCUCUUCACAAGUCAAUCCUUUUCAUUGUUAAAUCGUUUGUGUGAACAGACUUUGUACCCAUAUUUGUUUUUUGCUCAAAUAUAUUUAUAAUACUUCUGCACAUUUCUUAUAGGUAUACCCAUGAGAUGAUCUAGAAAUCUUUUUACUUUUAUUUCAAGUGUUGUUAUGGGUGUUUUUGCUAUUUUUAUAUAAUUUAUUGAGAAGAUCUAUUUAUUUUCUUGUUUAAAUGUAAUAUAACAGUGUUGGUACAAUUUGAUUGUAUUGAUGAAGUUGUAAUUGUUAGUAAAUAUGUAAAUUGUAUCUUCCAGUUAUAGAAAAAAAUCAAAAUAAGAGUUUUUAAAACAUAAAUAUGUUUAUUAAGAUAAUGACCAGUGGACCAAAUAAAAAUCAGAACAUGUCAUGGAGAUUGAAGAAGCAUAUCCCAAGGACUUACCCUGGUAGAAGAUGUAAGAUACUGAAGCUGACACUCCGAAACUAUUUAGAUAAAAAAUAAUAUUACCAUAGUUCAUGUACAGGUUUUGUAAGUUGUAGAUAAGAUAUUGGGUCAGAUUAGACAAAUCUUUUUGAAGAGUUAAUAACUAAUUGUGAUAUUUAUUUACUUUUAAUGUGUGUACUUUAUUGUGUAUGGGUUUAAUCCACUUUUCCAUGUUAAUGUGCAAGUGUAAAUUUAUUUUUUUAUUUUCUGUGAAUUUCCCAGUCAAGGGAAUACUUGGUCUUUCACCUGUUCUCAUUCAGCAUGUUCAUAUAAAAGUAUGGUCAUUUGUGGAAUAAAAUGAAACUAUUAAUUUUAAGUUAA